AUGAGUGAUCCUAUUAAUGCUAAUCCAACAAUUAUCGAUGUGGCGGAUUUACCCACAAGAUUAAAUAAUGACAAUAACAACAACAAUGAUAAUAAUUAUCAAACAACUAAUAAAUUGAAUCUAAAAAAAAAUAAACAAAUGAUAUCACAACUUGUUUCUUUAUCAUUAUUAAACCCUGAUGAAUCACCUGAAGCAGCAGAUGAUGAAACAUCCUUAUCAUCCGAUGAAGAAAAUGAAGAUGACGAUUUUGAUCCUAUAGAUGAACAAGAAAUUUUCGAUCUUAUAGCAACAAUAUCUGAUCCUGAACAUCCAUUAACAUUAGCUCAAUUAGCCGUUGUGAAUUUAUCCGACAUCAAAAUAACUAACCCACCAAAUUGUGGUGGUGAUGGUGGUGAUGGUGGUGGUGGUGGUAUAUCGGAAGUAUUAAUUAAAAUCACCCCUACAAUUACACAUUGUUCAUUAGCAACAUUAAUUGGAUUAGGUAUACGAGUUAGAUUAGAUCGUAGUUUACCAUCAAGGUAUAGAAUUAAAAUAUUGAUUAAAGAAGGUACUCAUCAACUGGAAAAUCAAGUUAAUAAACAAUUGAAUGAUAAAGAAAGAGUUGCUGCUGCUUGUGAAAAUGAUCAAUUAUUAAAUGUAAUCCUGCAAAUGUUAAGUACAUGUAAGUAG